CCCAUCUAACACUCCAUGACGAUGAUCAAUCCGAAACGAGUUUUCACCACAUUCGUCUUAGUUUUGACCAUCAUCGACGCCUCCUCGCUAGCGUUUGAUUAUGGUGAAGCCGUUGACAAAAGCUUGUUGUUUUUCGAGGCACAAAGGUCUGGCAACUUACCCGGGACUCAACGUGUGAAAUGGCGUGGCGAUUCCGGUCUAUACGAUGGGUAUCAACAGAAGGUGAACUUGGCUGGAGGUUACUAUGAUGCUGGUGACCAUGUGAAGUUUGGGCUGCCAAUGGCAUAUAGUGUCACAAUGCUAUCAUGGGGAGCCAUUGAGUAUGGCACAAGUAUCAUUAAUCUUAACCAAAUGGGCCAUGUUUUGAAUGCCAUCAAAUGGGGUACUGAUUACUUCAUCAAAGCCCAUUCUCAGCCCAAUGUUCUUUGGGGACAGGUGGGUGAUGGUGACUCUGAUCACUACUGUUGGGAGCGCGCCGAAGACAUGACCACACCACGAACCGCUUAUAAAUUGGAUACUGAGCACCCGGGUUCAGACCUUGCGGGUGAAACCGCUGCUGCUAUGGCUGCAGCGGCUAUUGCAUUCAGGCCUUAUAACUCUUCUUACUCGGAUUUGCUAUUGGUUCAUGCUAAACAGCUUUUUUGGUUUGCUGAUCGGUUUAGGGGACUUUUCACCGACUCCAUCCCGUCUGCGAGAGAGUUUUAUACAUCAUCGGGUUACUAUGAUGAACUAUUGUGGGCUGCAACAUGGUUGUACCGGGCAACCAAAGACGAGUCAUACUUGAAAUACGUAGUGGAUAAUGCCGCCUCGAUGGGCGGCACUGGUUGGGCGGUGAAGGAAUUCUCGUGGGAUAACAAAUACGCCGGCGUCCAGAUUCUCCUUUCCAAGGUGUUGAUGGAUGGAUACGGUGGGGCAUACACCGCCACACUGAAACAGUAUCAAGCUAAAGCCGACUAUUUCGCAUGCGCUUGCCACCAAAAGAACGCCGGCUACAAUGCACCUUUGACUCCUGGUGGCUUGCUAUACUUGCACGAGUGGAACAACAUGCAAUACGCAGCCUCGGCUGCAUUCCUGCUAGCCGUAUACUCGGACUAUCUCUCGGCGGUUAAAACCGUCCUAAAAUGUCCUGAUGCUAGUGUUCAACCUCAAGAACUCCUCGUGUUUGCUAAAUCACAGGCUGAUUAUAUCUUAGGGAAAAAUCCCAAGUCAAUGAGUUAUAUGGUCGGGUAUGGUCAAAACUACCCGAUUCAUGUGCACCACAGGGGUGCAUCGAUUGCGUCCAUAUCUGUACUCCAUUCAGUAGUGGGCUGUGUACAAGGGUUUGACGCAUGGUACCACCGCCCAGAGGCUAACCCAAACAUUGUUUAUGGUGGGCUUGUUGGUGGACCGGACAAAUACGACAAUUUUGAGGAUGAUCGAUCCAGUUAUGAACAAACCGAGCCUACACUAUCGGGGACUGCCCCUCUUGUGGGACUUUUCUCUAAGUUACAUAGCAUCGAUACACACUAUGCAGCGGGACCCACCCCAACAAAGGGCCAAACCAAUUCAUACUCACAUGUCCCUAAGGUGCCGGUAAAACCAUACGAAAAAGCUGGACCGCCGGUGGAGUUCUUUCACACGAUAACAGAUUCAUGGACCGUUGGGGGAAUUGGAUACUACAGGCACAAGGUGAUAAUCAAGAACCGGUCAGAAAAACCAAUAACCGAUUUGAAGUUGGAAAUCGAAAACUUAUCAGGGGCAAUAUGGGGAUUAUCUCCAACUCAAAACAAGAACAUAUACGAGCUUCCGAAAUGGAUUAAGGUUAUCAAACCUGGUUCCGAGUGCAGUUUCGUGUAUGUUCAAGGUGGCCCACAGGCUAAGGUCUCGGUUCAAUCCUUCCACUGAUCAUCACCCCACCAUAGUCAAAUACAUACAAUUUCCUGUUUGAUAACUGUAACCUACCAGGAAACCUUCUAUUUUUUGACAUUUAAUCUUGAAAAUUGUAUCUAUAUACGAGAAAUGAGAAACUAUUCGCAUUCCAGUAAA